UCAAAUAUACAUCACUCUCUUUGGCACCUGCUAUCCAUUGCUAGCAAGCAUCAAUGGCAGCCACAUUUUCUUUACUCACUUCCGCCGGAGUUCUCACCGGACUUCUCCCGAUUAUGGUGCUGGUAACCGCCACCUUCUUCUUCCUUCUCUUCUAUUCACAAAAUCCUAAUGAGCAUGGAAAAGAUAGUGGUCUUGGUGGUAAGGACGGUGGUGGUGGUUUACCACCUGGUCCGCCCUCCUUACCAAUUGUUGGAAGCCUUCCGAUGAUGCUUUGGAGGAAACCACAUUUCCGGUGGGUCCUUCGAAAAGCCGAAGGCAAAGACAUUACUUGCAUUCGGCUAGGAAAUGUCCAUGUUAUAGUAGUUAACUCACCAGAGCUUGCCAGAGAGUUUUUAAAGAAGAAUGAUGCCAUCUUCGCCUCCCGGCCGAAAACAAUGGCUACCGAAUACUCUGGUAGGGGUUUCCUCUCUGUUGCCUUCACUCCAUGGGGUGAUCAAUGGAAGAAGAUGCGCCGAGUGAUAGUCUCACAGGUAGUUAACCAUCAACAAUUCCAAAGGAUGGCGAAAAUGCGCGGCGAAGAGGCCGAUAACCUUGUUCGGUAUAUUCAAUAUCAAAGCAAAGCCGGAGAAGAGAUUAAUCUCCGAAAAACUCUUCGAUAUUAUACUGGAACCAUCAUAAGGAGGAUGCUGUUUGGAUGUCGGCAUUUUGGAAAGGGAGCUAAAGGCGGCAUGCCGGGGCCGGGAGAAGAGGAGUUGGAGCACGUAGAGGCUGCAUUCACUGCGCUCUCAUUGAUCUAUGCAUUUUGUGCAUCAGAUUUCAUACCAAGUUUGAGAAUUUUUGAUAUUGAUGGCCAUGAGAAAACCAUGAAGAAAGCGAUAAAUGUGAUCAAUAAAUAUCAUGAUCCUAUUAUUGAAAAGAGAGUGCAACAAUGGAAGAUCAAUGGUGGUGUUAAUGGUGAGCCAGAGGACAUUCUUGAUGUGUUCAUCUCUCUCAAAGAUGAUAAAGGGAAGCCUCUCUUAAGGAUUGAAGAAAUUAAGGCACAAUCUGCUGAGCUCAUCUUUGAAACUGUGGACAACCCGUCGAACACAGUGGAAUGGGCAAUGGCCGAGAUGCUCAACCAGCCAGAUAUUCUCCAGAAAGCCAUCGAUGAGCUCGACCGUGUCAUCGGCCCUCACCGCCUUGUUGAAGAGUCUGACUUCCCCAACCUCCCCUACUUGAGGGCAUGUGCCCGUGAAGCUCUUCGUCUCCACCCCAUUGCACCCUUCAACAUUCCCCAUGUCUCCUCCAUUGACACCACCGUCGCCGGCUUCUUCAUCCCCAAGGGCAGCCAAGUCCUCCUAAGCCGUGUCGGACUUGGCCGGAACCCUAAAGUUUGAGAAGAUUCGAUGAGA